CUUAAGAUCUCAAACCCCACAACCCACAUUGUGUCUUUCUAAUUUCUAAGCGUUGUCUGUCCCCAAAAACUCCACACUCUCUGGUCUUUGAAAUACCCAAAAAAGAAUUGAAGAAGCUAAGAGAAGAGAAGAGAACCAUGCUCCAAUUCUUCAUCACCUACAAGAAUCUUAUACUUCAACUCUCACUCUCUCUCACACUCACACUCCUCCUUACCUUCCUCAAAAUCCCCAUCUUCUUCCUCCGUGGCCUACACACCUACAUCCACCCUGACAACGUCCAAAGUGGAGUCCGAGCCGCCAUUCGGAGGCCCGAUGCCUCCGAUUCGGCUUCUGGGUUACCUUCAAAAUCCAAUUCCGAGCUCAGGAAGAGGUCCAAGUCAAAGGACAAGCCCGAGUUCGAUGAAAACAAUGCUCAGAUCUUUCGCCUAAAGCUAGACGAGGCCCAUCUUCAAACCAGGCUCUAUUUCAAUGAGUAUUGCAAUGCUUUCACCUUCUCAUUUGUAGCUCUAUCUUGUCUUUUGCUUCAGUUAUUGUACUUGAAAACCGAAUCAAACAAUUCUGGGUUUUUGGUUAAUGGGAUUUUUGUUCCGGUUCUGUUAGGCUUUGCGGGUGUUUCUAAGUUGUUAAUGUUGCUUGGCAAAGUUUCGUAUGAGAAAUCUGCGUCGCGGCGGUCAGAGAAGCAACUGAGUGUGCUUUGCGGCGUUGUGGGGUUGGUUUUAGGAUAUAUGGUUUGCUUCACAUUUAGUCCUUCGGUUUUAGAUUUCAAUUUUGACUCAAUUGAUGGGUCGGGGAGGAUCUUUGUUGCUGUUUUAAUGGGAUGCUUUUCCGGUUUCUUAUUUAUGCCUGCGGUGAAGAGUGCGAGGUGCUUUUGGCUUGGAACUGAUCAGAUUAGGUCUGAUUUGGUAAUGCUAUCAUGUGAUUGGUUUGGUAGAGUGGUUCUGUAUGCAAAUUAUAUGAUGAUUGUAUUCACAGUUCUUUUGUGGAUUAAUCCCUUAGCUGGAAUGCUCGUGAACAAGAACAUAAAUGGAAAAGUUGCAGAUGCUGAGAUGUUGAUUGGCAAUGUCGGAUUUUCGCCUUCAGAUUUUGCUAAAUUUAGGCUUUGCUGCUUACUGCUUUCGAGUUUUCUGCAAAUUGUUGCUCUGCGCCCCAACAUACAAAUGUAUUUGAAUGAGGCACUGUUAUCUUGGUACCAAAGAUUGCAUGCUAGCAGGGUUCCAGACUUGGAUUUCAGUAGGGCUAAGGUGUUUUUGCACAAUCACUACUUAUGCCUUGUAGUUGUGCAGUUUCUUGCACCACCAAUUGUGUUACUCCUUUUUCUUGGACUAUCUCAGAUUGAUGGUAUCUCUUCGGAAAAUUACAAAUACAUUUGUAGUCUAGCGCCUUGCUCUGCCUUUGUGAAAGAAGUGGCUCUCUUUAUGGCUUGGUGGGUUAUGUUUGUUUGGGCGAUUUAUAGUUCAGCAACCAUUCUUCUAUAUCGUCGCUGCGUUUUGUAUAUGUCUUGAUGACUUUGAUUUGUUGUCUCAACCUUCGAGAUUGAUCCUUGAGUUGGAUUUUCGACGAAUUUUGAGUGAGAGUGUUGUUGUGCGUGUAACGGAAUUUUCAUUACUUAACCUGUGCAAUUCUACAUCCCGGGGAAGGGGGAAGAGAGAAUCGAAAACAUUAACGGGUA